AUGCGUAGCCCUGUUAUCUCUCAGCAUACAAACCUUCAGCUCGACUCUCCCAGUCGGCCCAAGUCAACUGCGCGCCAUGCAUCUGUCUAUGUUCCCGAAGCAUCAUCUUCCGAGGAGGGCCAAUCCCCACAAGGAGAGGCCGAUGGCAACCUACCAGCUGAAGCUGAAAACGCGAGUAGUGACAAUGCGUCAUCUGACCUGAACGAUGAAGAUGUAGAGUAUACACUCAAAGACCGACAAGACGCAAUCAAUAUUGAACAUCCUUUCGGAUUGCCAAUCUGGAAACCAGCACUCUAUAAGAAGUCAAGAUCUGUGGCUCGUAAUGCGGAAGCUGCACUUCAUGAUUCUCCCACGUCAACUAGUGUUUCAACUCUCACACCUGGCAACAUUUUAUGGGCCUUAUUAUUUGGUUCCCCUCUAGCAUUUGUUUUUUCCCUGGUAGCGGCCGUAUUGUUCGUGAUACCCUGGGGUGGAAGCAAAUACGGUCGAGUAGUAUGGGAGCUCGCUGGCUAUCUUAUCUGGCCAUUCGGAAAAUAUGUCGAAGAAUGGUCUGAAGAAGAAGAAGGUGAGGAGGGGGAAGAAGGGACACAACAAGAGGAAGCCGCCAACACACUUGAUGUCCACUCGUCCCGAUGGGAGGCAGUAUCUGACAUUGGCGACGACGACAACGACAAUGAAUCUGUUGACCGGCUCACCAUACGCGGCGAUGCUCAUGAACGCACAUCUUUAACAGCAGCAGAGGCUGGACCUGAUCGAUUAAAUCUUCCACCCAAUUACGGGGCCACUCACGGGACUAGACCCAGGCUAUCUAAUCAACAUAAAUAUCAUCCAAUCAGGGUACGGGCACUGGGUCGAUUAUCUUUCUGGACCGUCUACUACCUGAUCAUUGCUCCGAUGAUGUUGGCCUCCUGCGUUCUAUGUUGGUUCUUCGUAUUUCCCAUUCCCAUGGCCAAGUUAUUAUGGGUGCUUGUCCGUCAUGUGGGCACAGAACCUCUGGCGCUUCAUUUCCGUUCACCGCCUACCUUCAUCGAUCUCAAUCAGAUUGACGGAAAGGCCAAGGUGUUAUUGUGCACGUACAAAGCACUGGGAAUCCAGUAUUACAAGUACACUGUGGAUGGAGUCAACAUCAUCUUCAUCAUCUUGAUGCCAUUCGUUAUUUUUGUCAUCUUUGAUGCUUUCUUUUUGGUACCCCUGCAUUUAACUGGAUUCCUUGGCGUGAUCUCCAGUCAGGCCGUGAUCUUUGUUAUGGCCUUACUAAGUGUUGUGCCGUUAUCAUACUUCAUUGGCAUGGCUGUUGCUUCGAUUUCCGCUCAGUCAUCCAUUGGAAUGGGCGCUGUAAUCAACGCCACCUUUGGUUCGAUCAUCGAAAUCCUUUUAUAUGGUAUUGCAUUAACGGAGGGCAAAGGAGACCUAGUCGAAGGAUCCAUCAUAGGCAGUGUCCUGGCCGGUGUACUACUGAUGCCCGGAAUGUCGAUGAUCGGUGGGUCAGUACGCAGGAAGGAACAGAAAUUCAAUGCCCGCUCGGCUGGUGUGACUUCAACAAUGCUGAUCAUGGCUAUCAUCGGGGUUUUGACUCCCACACUAUUUUACGAGAUUUAUGGCACAUUUCAACUGACUUGUUCAGGCUGUCCGGACGGCGUAUCCACCAAGCCUGGAGAGAUCAAUACAGAGGCUUUGUGGAAAUGUCAAAGUUGUCGAUACGAACACUUGAGCCCGGUCAAUGAUGAAUUUUAUCAGACGUCUGUCAAAGGCUUAUCUUACUAUUGUGCCGCUCUUCUCGUGCUUUCUUAUUUGAUCGGCCUAUGGUUUUCGCUGCGAACUCACGCCUCACAAAUAUGGCAAACUCCUGCUGCUGCUCCUCACACAGCCGACCAUGAGCCUGGCGGCGGGAGUGGUCAUGAUGCGCCUAACUGGAGUCGAAAUAAGAGUACAACAGUCUUACUGAGCUGUACGUUACUGUAUGCAGUGAUUGCUGAGAUCUUAGUAAGCGUAGUGGACGUGGUCUUGGAUGGUUCGGGAAUCCCCGAAAAGCUGCUGGGCGUGACAUUGUUUGCGUUGGUGCCCAACACUACCGAAUUCAUGAAUGCCAUUUCGUUUGCCAUGAAUGGGAAUAUUGCACUCAGUAUGGAGAUCGGUUCUGCGUAUGCUCUGCAAGUGUGUUUGAUCCAAAUCCCUGCUAUGAUCGCUAUAUCUGCAAUAUAUAACUCGGGCAAAUACAUAUCUGCUCAUCACACCUUCACAUUGGUAUUUCCUAGAUGGGAUGUUAUCUCGAUUGUCUUUUCAGUCUUCCUUUUGACUUACACGUACAUUGAAGCUCGUGCUAAUUAUCAUAGAGGAACGAUUCUAGUGCUCAGUUAUCUUGUACUGGUUGGUGGUUUCUAUUCAGCUCCGGUUGGUGGCUCUGUCACCGAAGGAAAUUAAGCUUCAACAUUUCUCUACAUAUCCUUGGAAUAAUGGCAAGAUAUGUAGUAUCACUGUUCGAGAAUUUUGAUUCAUUCAUAUAUUGGAGGAAUAAAUUUUGUGGCAUUCACUAUUCUCUCCAUUUUCACUUAACACGCACCUCUUUUCACUUUUUAUGCUUUUAUUUCCAAAGCCAUUUUCUUUUUUUGCUUUUCACACUAUCCUUGGACUCUGGGAGUGACGUACAGCUGAAGGUUUCAUAAGCUGAUACAUUGAAUUUAUGAUGCGUUUGACCUCCAAAGCUGAUCUUUCAUUUUCUCUCUUCUCACUAACAUAUCUCCUGUUUAGUUUGUUUUGUUUUGUUUUGUUUUGUUUUUUAAUUCAUUAUAAGUUUUAAUAUAUUGUGGAAGAUUGAUAGUCAUGGAAUAUAUGAAUGCCUAAAUUUAGUUGUGUUUUUCUUAUUUCGAUCGUGGGCUUGGUUGGCUAAAUAGUUAACAGAAGAUUGUGGCCUUUUGCACAUUUGGGGGAUGGUGAAAAUUUCAGCCUCUUAAACCCUUGUAAGAAAAUGUAUCAAUUUUUUUCUG